AACCAUGUUUCUCCGCGUUUGGAUAUCAGUGCAUUAAUGUGACCGGAUCAAUGUUCUCCCUUCUGAGUAGAGUGUUCGCCCGUUCGCGACAUCGGAAGACGGCAAACAGCUCCAGCGGUGGCAGCGGCGGUAACGAGGGCUCAGACGGCUUUGAUCCAUAUCGAUCGUGGUCGCCGCUCACUGAAGAGGGUUACGCCGAGAAGAAACUUCGUUUGCUCCGAGAAGCAGCCUCCGUGCCCAUGGAGCGAUGGCGAGCCCCGACCGUUUUAGCCUGGUUAGAGGUGGCUCUCGGGAUGCCGCAGUAUGGUCCACGAUGUGCUGAGAAUGUCAAUCGGGCAAAGGUUCUACUUGAACUAAGCGACGCCGAACUGGAGGCCGGUUUAGGCGUAACUCACCCGCUUCAUCGAAAGAAACUGCGUCUGGCUAUCGAGGAACAUCGACAUCCGAGUCACGUUCGAUAUCCCUGUAUCGCUCAGCUCGGUCACACCUGGGUGAGCUCCGAAUGGCUGCCAGAUCUUGGCCUGGCCCAGUACUCGGAGAGUUUCGCCACUAAUAUGGUGGACGCCCGUAUGCUGGACCAUCUGAGCAAGAAAGAGCUUGAGAAACUACUCGGUGUCACGAGGAAAUUUCAUCAGGCCAGCAUAGUUCAUGGAAUUCAUCUGCUGCGGAUGCUGAACUAUGAUCGACAGGCUCUCGCUGUCAGGAGACAUCAAUGCGAACAGGUUGACACGGAUCCUUUGGUCUGGACGAAUCAAAGGUUCAUUCGGUGGGCGAGGAAUAUCGAUCUCACGGAAUAUGCUGAGAAUUUGAAAGACUCGGGUGUACACGGUGCUCUGGUUGUAUUGGAGCCGUCGUUCACCGGCGACACCAUGGCCACCGCCUUGGGUAUACCGCGAAGCCAACAGAUUAGACGACACCUUACCGCCGAAUUAGAAGCGCUCGUUCUGCCAGCAAGAAGUCAACUGGAAGUGGUCCCGAGGAACAGCACCGGCGGGGGUGGCCGUCCGAUGAGCACCGCGAGCGCGGGCGGUAGUCUUGGUCGUGGGAGCAGAGCGCUACACCUACAGCAUCACCAGAGCUCGCUGUCGGCCCUCCACAUGACGGCGAACCACACCGGCACCGUCGACAGACGCAGAUCCAGCCUCAGGACCUGCAGUCUUCUUUACUUGAAAAAGUUGUCGUGGAGGAGCUCACAGGGAUCCCUGAGCAGGGCGUUCGGCCUACGGCCUAGAAGCGAGAAGGCGUCACCGUCAUCGUCCUCGGACACCGGAAGCCUCGCCAGCCAAUGCCAGUACAUGAGCAGCAGCGUCCGCAGCAACUCGCCGCCGCCGCCGCAGCUUCCGCCGCGACCGAUGUCGACCGGAAGCGGUAAACGGCAUCGGCGCGUGAAAAGCAUCGGCGACAUCGAGUACAUAAGCUCGGCCGCGGUGAGCACCCCGGUCUGACAGGAGGGUAGGCCCCAACAUUCGGGGCCUUACCGCAGUCUGAGCGAACGCGGUUAUUCCUCCUCCUCGUACUCCUCAUCUCAGUACGGCUCUUACUCGGGCUACAGCAACGUUCUGACGGGCGGCGAUCAGUACCAGCAAUAUCAGCAGCAGUCCAGCGGCAAUUAUUAUCAUCAGCUGCAGGGCGGCUACUACUCGCCGCAGAGCUCCGGGCCUCCUUUCCCGGGUGUGCAGAGAUACGGCAGCCUGGCCGAGGAGGCAUGGUCAUCGUGCUCCACCAAGGGAGACGGCCCGGCGGGUGUGUCGAAGUCUAAUCCCAGGACUUACUUAGCUUAGCUUCUCGCCGCAAUGGGGGCUUGUUGAGCGGACGUUAUUCGUCCGAGAGUAACACCACCGCGUCUACCACGAUGGUGCGCUGAUGUAGUAUCCUCGAAAAAAAUGCGCGUCCUUGUUUUAGGUCUACUUUAUUUUUUGUUCCCCCCUCGUUGGAUUCUCGAUAAUUCAGUGAACAGCUUAUGGCUAGAGAAAAUCGCAAGGAUUAUCAUAUCGCGCUCUUCUCAGUGAUGUUAAUCAGCGCGCGAUUUCGCAUAUUUCAAAUAUGACUUGCUUGUAUCAUCCCGUACCUACACGGCUCAAAUUAUCAACAAGCUACUAAGAAUAUAUCGCUAAAUUUAAGAUCCUGAGCUUCUGAUAUUUCAUGUAAGAAUUUUGGUGUAAGAAUGUUAUCGAGGUGACCUGAUUGAAUUUAUAAUUAAUUUGGUAAGAGAAUUAUUGACGCGAUAAUCCCGAUAAUCGUUGGAUAAUCGCUAUCGUCACAGUAAAUCGAAAUGAUCACACAAACUUGUUAAUAACAGUAAUAGACAAUACGUUAGCUGGACAAUGGACUACGAAAAUACAAACAAGUUUUACGCACUUUACGAUACGAUUAUCCCUAUAGUCCUAUUGGAUGAGUAAAUGUUGAUGUCAGUUAUCUCAGAGUUAUUCUCAAUUACAAAGUAAUUAUACGUCGUACAAAUACUAGGCAGCAUAUCGUGAUGUUAAGAGGCAUAAAAGAGUCUGACCAAAUUUUAUGAACACAUCGAGCUACCGACCGACAUAUACAUAUAUACAUAUAUCUGAUGAAAAUAAAUAAGAUAUAAAAGAGUAUAACUAUGAUUGAAUUACGAAUUAUUACAGAUAAGAUUAUAAAUAAGCGAAGUAAUAAUAAAAAUUUUUCAGUUUAAUCAAUACGUAUACUACGCGUGACAAUAUCUCACACAAACCGUUUGCCAGUAUAAUUUUUUAUUGCUAUCAUUGUGCGAAUGAUCUUCUUUCAACAAUUAAAGGAUUUUUUUAUUAAAAAAACAAGUCUAAGAAAUUGAAUUUUUAGAAACUGAAAAACUUAUCUUUAAACAUUUAUUCUAUAAAUGUGAUAAUUUUUCUUUAGAUAUAUAAUAGAUACAAAAAUAAAAUUUUAGCCUUUGAUUAAUACUUUGAGGAAUCAUUAAAAAACGAAUAAAGAACUUUUAGGCCUAUUUAGUUCUUGUAGAAAUUUUAUGUUUUACUUCACUUAUAUUAUACUAUUAUAAUAUUAAUUUAUAUAUAUUUAUAUCUCUCGUUUUCUAUUUGAUUCUUCCUGGAACAAAAUUGUUCUUGAUGUUGCCCUACUAAUAGAGAAUGAUUUGACGCUAUAAUCCAGAUUAAAAAAAAUAAACUUGUUUUGUUUUUGUAAAAAAUCCUUCAAUUAUGAUUUAGAUCGUAAAUUCAUUCCGGUAUGUAAGCUAGCACGAAAGAAUUGUAUCGUGAGUAUCGUUAAAGAAUAUUUUCGCUUAUAAACCGAUCUCUAUGAACGAAUGACAAACUUUAUGUGCUCAGCUGGCUGAAAAGUGAACAGCAACAGCGAAUUUUCAAUAUCUCUCGUGUACAUAUAUGAAUUUAAUACGUUUAUCUGUAAUUUUACAUUAUUUUCUAUCGAUGUGUACGUAUAUGAGUUUCCUAUAUACGAGUACACUUAACUAGAAACUAUCGGAUAGGCUUGAAACAUCAUCAUAGAUUUGUUUUUUUAUUGCUGCAUUGGACUGCACUAUGACUUCCCUUCUCAUUUUCCCUAAAUUUCAAACAAAUAUUUAUUUUAUUUUUAAUUCUAGAAACUGUAUAUCAGUUUAGUUAUAAAAAGACAAAUCUAUUGAUUCAAGCUGAAUACCGUGAAAUUAUAAUAAAUAAUGAACGGAAUCGCCUCACGAAGACGCCCAAGUCUUCCACUAUAUUCCAUUAUAUUUUACAGCGUGGUGAGAUUGAAUAUAUCCCGUUUUUCAUUAAUCUUAAACCAAAAGAAAGUAUCGGGAGAUUCAAUUACUGCUGCGAAUUUUUUAUUUAUCGCAUUGGCACACGAGAAUUUUCUAAGUACCUAACUUUAUCCUGCAAUCUAUUAUACUUAUGAAAAGUUUAAAAAGAACUGUUCCCAAACGAUUACAAUUACAAAUAAUUUUUUAUUACAUAUCUUGUACAAUUAAUUAAUUGCACGGCCAUCGCAACAUACGCUCCGAUAGACAGGAAACAUAAAUGAAGCGAAUCGCCACACAAUUUAAUCUAAGUGCCAGAAGGAUCGAGUGCACCGUAAUUUGGCGCACUGCCGCGAAGCGUACCGUACGUUCGGCCCGUUGUAUUAUUAUACUAAUACGUACAAUCUUCCCCAGUGUUCGUAUAUUACGGUUGCGUGGUCGCAAAAAAAAGAAAGACGAUAUUUUGCAAAUAAUGCACAUAUUUAUAACGUGAUAUUUAUUCGUAGAUUAUAAUCAUUUCUUGAUAUUUACGUGGUACCCGCGUGUUCUGUCGUCAAACUAUUUUACUUCUGCAAUCGGGAAACGAUCAGGACCAUAUAAUAUAUAUAUAUAAUAUAUAUUUUAUUGCCGGACUAGUAUUACCGUCGUUUUGCGAGGCGGAAACGACGAAUUAAUACGCUAGCUAUCGUGACAUUCGUGUACCUAAGUGAUUUAUUUAUAUAAAUUAAUUUAGGUCUCUAAUUUAUUUGUAUACAAUAUUAAUUAUUGCGCAACGCGGCCAAUACCUCGCUUUAAAGCGACAUAUCGAUAAGUACAUGUUCGCUUAUUGUAUAUUGGUCGCAGCGCGCGAUCACACAUUUCAAUACAAACCGUUGUAAAUGUGCUCAGUAACGUCUGUAUAUAUUUGUGUGAACUGUAUCUAAAUACGGAAAAAAAUUAAAUAAACGAUUGCCUUUACUUUUGCGCAACGAA